GAUGCGCCGAGCGGCUGCGGUGCGGCUGGAACCUCACGCCCUCCCGACGCGGCCGAGCGCGGCCCGAGGCCCAGGGAGAACAUCGCAUCGGAUAAAAAAGGGAGGCAAUAAUGCACCACGGCAGCGGCCCUCAGAAUGUCCAGCACCAGCUGCAGAGGACCAGGUCCUUCACCGGCAGCGAGGGAGAGGAGCAGCCGGCCCACGCAAAUCUACCCCCGUCCCCCGCUGCACCCUUCGCCCCCUCGGCCAGCCCCUCUGCACCCCAGUCCCCCGGUUACCAGAUCCAGCAGCUGAUGAGUCGGAGUCCCGUGGCCGGGCAGAACGUGAACAUCACCCUGCAGAGCGUGGGCCCUGUCGUCGCAGGAAACCAGCAGAUCACGCUGGCCCCUCUGCCGCUCCCCAGCCCCACCUCCCCGGGGUUCCAGUUCAGCGCGCAGCCGAGGCGCUUUGAGCACGGGUCUCCGUCGUACAUUCAAGUCACUUCACCCCUGUCCCAGCAGGUCCAAACGCAGAGCCCCACGCAGCCCAGCCCCGGGCCGGGACAGGCCCUGCCGAAUGUGCGCGCGGGCGCCCCCGGCCCCGGGCUGGGCAUCUGCAGCAGCAGUCCCACGGGAGGGUUCGUGGAUGCCAGCGUGCUCGUGAGACAGAUCAGCUUGAGCCCGUCCAGUGGGGGACACUUCGUGUUUCAGGAGGGCUCGGGACUCACCCAGAUCGCCCAGGGAGCCCAGGUGCAGCUCCAGCAUGCGGGAACCCCCAUCGCGGCGCGAGAGCGGAGACUGUCCCAGCCUCAUGCACAGCCGGGUGGCACCAUCCACCACCUGGGACCCCAGAGCCCUGCGGCCGCUGGUGGGGCCGGCCUGCAGCCCCUGGCCAGCUCGGGCCACAUCGCCACGGCCAGCUUGCCCCCCCAGAUCAGCAGCAUCAUCCAAGGCCAGCUGAUCCAGCAGCAGCAGGUGCUGCAGGGGCAGCCGCUGGCCAGACCUCUGGGCUUCGACAGGACCACCGGCGUGCUGCUCCCCGGGGUCGGGGGCACGUCUGCGUUCGGGAUGGCGUCCCCGCCCCCACCCACCAGUCCUUCCAGGACCGCCAUGCCCCCAGGCCUUUCCAGCCUUCCACUCGCGUCCUCGGGGAGCACCGGAGUGAGGAAGGCCCCCAAGAAGUUAGAGGAGAUCCCGCCGGCGUCUCCGGAGAUGGCGCAGAUGAGGAAGCAGUGCCUGGAUUAUCACUACAGAGAGAUGGAGGCUCUGAAGGAGGUCUUCAAGGAAUACUUGGUCGAACUGUUUUUCCUGCAGCAUCUUCAAGGGAAUAUGAUGGAUUUCUUGGCUUUCAAGAAGAAACAUUAUGCCCCGUUACAGGCCUAUCUUAGGCAGAAUGAUUUGGACAUCGAAGAAGAGGAGGAGGAGGAGGAAGAGGAGGAAGAAAAGUCUGAGGUCAUCAACGAUGAGCAGCAAGCCCUCGCAGGGAGCCUGGUGGCAGGGGCUGGAGGCGCAGUGGAGACGGACCCAUUCAAGAGGCAGCAGGCGGUGCCCCCCGCAGAGCAGUCUAAGAGACCUCGACUUGAAGUGGGUCCUCAAGGGGUAGCUUUCCAGCACCCGGGGGUGAACACAGGAGUCCCUCUCCAGCAGUUAAUGCCGACAGCACAAGGAGGAAUGCCCCCCACCCCUCAGGCCGCGCAGCUCACUGGACAGAAACAGAGUCAGCAGCAGUAUGACCCCUCCACGGGGCCUCCCGUGCAGAACGCCGCCAGCCUGCACACCCCGCCGCCGCAGCUGCCCGGAAGGCUGCCCGCAGCCGGUGUCCCUGCCUCGGCCCUUCCCUCCCCGCUGCAGUUGGCUCAGCAGCCACAGGCGGUGGAAGCUCAGUCACAGCUCCACAUCCCGGUGAAGACUCAGCAGCCGAACACCCCCGUGCCAGCGCCCCCACCCAGCCAGCCCGCUGCUCCUCCGCAGCCCGCACAGCUGAGCCUCCAUGUCCCCACGCCCGGGAAGGCGCAGGUGCAGGCCGCUCAGCUUCCGUCCCUGCCUCAGACGGUGACGACAAGGCCACCUGCGGACCCUGCCCCGCCCUGCCCGCGGUCUCUGCCCGCCUCUUCUACCUCAGCCCUGGCGCCUGCGAGCGGCUCGGGCCCGGGACCCUUGCCUGCCCGCUCCUCUCCCGUGAGCAGACCCUCCUCAGCGGCCAGCAAGGCUCUCUCUCCAGUCUCCUCCCGGGCGCCAGGGGUGGCGGCAUCGGCCCCCCCGAAACCACAGAGCCCUGCGCAGAGUGCCACCUCCUCCCAGGACGGCGCCCAGGACAAGCUGGCGGAGCAGAUAGCGCUGGAGAACCAGGUCCACCAGCGCAUAGCGGAUUUAAGGAAAGAAGGUCUGUGGUCCCUGAGGCGGCUGCCGAAGCUGCAGGAGGCCCCGCGCCCCAAAUCCCACUGGGACUACCUGCUGGAGGAGGCGCAGUGGAUGGCCACGGACUUCGCCCAGGAGCGCAGGUGGAAGGUGGCCGCCGCCAAGAAGCUGGUUAGGACCGUAGCACGCCAUCAUGAAGAAAAGAAGCUUCGUGAGGAAAGAGGAAAGAAAGAAGAACAGAACAGAUUAAGACGGAUAGCUGCCUCAACUGCUCGAGAGAUAGAAUAUUUUUGGUCAAAUAUUGAACAGGUUGUGGAAAUAAAACUACAAGUAGAAUUAGAAGAAAAAAGAAAAAAGGCCUUAAAUUUACAGAAAGUUUCCAGGAGAGGAAAAGAGUUGAGACCUAAAGGAUUUGAUGCAUUACCAGAAAAUUUUCUGGAUUCAGGAAUGUCUGGAAGAAAAAGAAAAGCUAGCACGUCUCUGACUGACGACGAAGUGGAGGACGAAGAGGAGACCAUCGAGGAGGAGGAAGCCAGCGAAGGGGCCGUGGACCACCAGGCAGAGCUCUCUAAUUUAGCCAAAGAAGCCGAGCUGCCCCUGGUGGACCUGGUGAAGCUGUACGAAGGCGCCUUCCUGCCGGGUUUCCAGUGGCCGCAGCCAAAGCCUGACAGCGAGGAGACAAGCGAAGAAGAAGACGUGGACGACUGUCUAGGCGACAGGGAGUGUCGGAAGGAUUUGAUUCUCAUCGACUCACUUUUCAUCAUGGAUCAGUUUAAAGCCGCGGAGAGAAUGAAUAUCGGGAAACCGAACACCAAGGACGUCGCGGAGGUCACUGCUGUGGCUGAAGCCAUCCUGCCCAAGGGCAGCGCGCGGGUCUCGACCUCGGUGAAGUUUAACGCUCCGUCUUUGCUGUAUGGGGCUCUCAGAGAUUAUCAGAAGAUCGGCCUGGACUGGCUGGCCAAACUCUACCGAAAGAAUCUCAAUGGCAUAUUGGCCGAUGAAGCUGGGCUUGGUAAAACAGUGCAGAUCAUUGCUUUUUUUGCUCAUCUCGCUUGUAAUGAAGGUAAUUGGGGCCCUCAUCUUGUUGUGGUGAGAAGUUGUAACAUACUCAAGUGGGAGCUUGAACUGAAACGCUGGUGUCCCGGGCUCAAAACCCUCUCAUAUGUUGGCAGCCACAGAGAACUCAGAGCAAAGAGACAGGAGUGGGCCACGCCCAACAGCUUCCACGUCUGCCUCACGUCCUACACACAGUUCUUCAGGGGCUACGCCGCCCUCGCGCGCGUGCGCUGGAAGUGCCUGGUCAUCGACGAGAUGCAGCGUGUAAAGGGCAUGACCGAGAGGCACUGGGAAGCCGUCUUCACCCUGCAGAGUCAGCAGCGCCUGCUUCUGAUUGACGCGCCGCUGCACAACACCUUCCUGGAGCUCUGGACCGUGGUGCACUUCCUCAUCCCCGGGAUCUCCAGACCGUACCUGAGCUCCCCGCCGCGCGCCCCGAGCCCCGAGAGCCAGGACUACUACCACAAAGUGGUGAUCCGGCUGCACAGGGUCACGCAGCCAUUUAUUUUGAGGAGAACUAAAAGAGACGUGGAAAAGCAGCUGGCAAAGAAAUAUGAGCAUGUUUUGAAAUGCCGCCUUUCUAAUCGGCAGAAAGCCUUGUACGAGGACGUCAUUCUGCAGCCCGGAACUCAGGAGGCUUUGAAGAGCGGGCACUUCGUCAACGUCCUGAGCAUUCUGAUGCGGCUGCAGCGGAUCUGCAACCACCCCGGGCUGGUGGAGCCCCGGCUCCCGGACUCGUCCUACGUGGCAGCGCCUCUGGAGCAUCGGUCGGCCUCCCUGACUCUGAGGGCUCUGGAGAGAGGGCUGUGGAAGGAAACGGAUCUUUCUAUGUUUGAUCUGGUCGGGUUAGAAAAUAAAAUCACUCGCCAUGAGGCAGAAUUGCUGUCUAGGAAGAAGGUCACGCGGAAACUGCUGGAGGAGAUCUCCACCUCACCACCCCCGUCAGCCCGGCCGGCGGCAGUGAAGCUGAAGGCCAGCAGGUUGUUUCAGCCUGUGCAGUAUGGCCAGAAGCCUGAGGGCCGCACCGUGGCUUUCCCCAGCACCCACCCGCCCCGGACGGCGGCCACCACCUCGGCCACUGCUGCUCCACAGGGCCAGCUUCGAGGACGGCCACCUGUUGCCACAUUCUCUGCAAAUCCGGAGGCAAAAGUGGCAGCAGCCCCGUUUCAGACCUCUCAGGCUUCCACCAGUGCUCCAAGACACCAGCCCGCUGCGACCUUCAGCACAGCCGCUAGCCCAGCCCAUCCUGCGAAACUGCGGGCUCAGACCGCCGCACAGGCCUCGGCCCCAGGCCCACCCCUGCCCCCGCCCCCGGCCCCCUCGCGCGCGGCCGGGCCGAGCCCCUCGCACGCGGCCGGGCAGAGCGCGCUGCCUCAGAGGCUGGUGCUCACCUCGCAGGCCCAGGCCCGCUUGCCCAGUGGAGAGGUCGUGAAAAUAGCUCAGCUGGCGUCCAUCGCGGGCCCGCAGAGCCGAGUGGCCCAGCCAGAGACGCCGGUGACGCUGCAGUUCCAGGGGAGCAAGUUCACGCUGUCGCACAGCCAGCUCCGGCAGCUCACGGCGGGCCAGCCGCUGCAGCUGCAAGGCAGCGUCCUCCAGAUCGUGUCCGCCCCCGGGCAGCCCUACCUGCGAGCCCCCGGCCCCGUGGUGAUGCAGACCGUGCCGCAGGCGGGUGCUGUGCACGGCGCCCUGGGAAGCAAGCCCCCCGCCGGCAGCCCCAGCCCUGCACCCCUGACCCCACAAGUUGGUGUUCCGGGCCGAGUGGCAGUUAAUGCCUUGGCUGUAGGGGAACCUGGAAUGGCUUCCAAACCGGCCUCUCCCAUUGGGGGACCAACUCAGGAGGAAAAGACCAGACUUCUGAAAGAGCGGCUGGAUCAGAUUUAUCUCGUCAACGAGCGGCGCUGCUCUCGCGCGCCAGUCUACGGCAGAGAUCUGUUAGGGCUUUGUUCCCUGCCUGGCAGAGGAGAGACCCCUUGGCUGGGGUCUGUUGACGGUGGUCUUGGCCCGGGGACCGGGCCAGCAAGCUCCUGUGCGUCGGCCUCCAGGAGGAGGGGCUUGCCGGUGCCGCUGCGGAGUCAGUGCUGGGAGACCCUCCAGGACGUAGUCCACAGGGUGGCCUGCGUGAUUCCUCCAGUGGUGGCAGCACCCCCGUCCCUGUGGGUGGCGAGGCCGCCCCCGCCGUACAGCCGCAGGAUGAGGGUCUUCAGGCAGUGCCUGGAGGAGCACGCUGCUCCCUGCGUCCAGCAGCUGCGGCAGGCGACGGCGCUGCGCUCGCUGCGGUUCCCUGAGCUGAGGCUGGUGCAGUUUGAUUCAGGGAAACUGGAAGCCUUGGCUAUCUUGCUUCAGAAGCUGAAAUCUGAAGGACGGCGGGUGCUGAUUUUAUCACAGAUGGUUCUUAUGCUGGACAUUUUGGAAAUGUUCUUGAACUUCCAUUUUCUUACCUACAUAAGAAUUGAUGAAAACGCCAACAGUGAACAACGACAGGAACUGAUGAGGAGUUUCAACAGGGACAGGCGGAUUUUCUGUGCCAUCCUCUCCACUCACAGCCGUGCCACAGGCAUCAGCCUGGUGGAGGCGGACACGGUCGUGUUCUACGACAACGACCUGAACCCAGUGAUGGACGCCAAAGCCCAGGAGUGGUGUGAUCGCAUUGGGCGGUGCAAGGACAUCCACAUAUACAGGCUUGUGAGUGGCAAUUCCAUUGAAGAGAAAUUGUUGAAAAACGGAACUAAAGAUUUAAUCCGAGAAGUCGCUGCUCAGGGGAAUGACUACUCCAUGGCGUUCCUAACACAGCGAACCAUCCAGGAGCUGUUUGAGGUUUAUUCUCCCAUGGAUGACACCGGCUUCCCAGUGAAAGCCGAGGAGUUCGUAGUACUUUCUCAGGAGCCUUCUGCCUCGGAAACCAUCGCCCCCAAAAUUGCAAGGCCUUUCAUAGAGGCCCUCAAGAGCAUCGAGUACCUGGAGGAGGAUGCCCAGAAAUCCGCAGAGGAGGCGGUGCCCGGGUCGCACACCGGUGUUGUGUCGUCGGACGCGGACGGGUGGAGGUGCGAUGAGGAGCCGUCACAGCUGGAGGAGCUCGCCGACUUCAUGGAGCAGCUUACGCCAAUUGAAAAAUAUGCUUUAAAUUACCUGGAAUUAUUUCAUACUUCCCUUGAGCAAGAAAAAGAGAAAAAUAGUGAGGGCGCGGUCACGGCCGCAGUGAGGGAGUGGGAGUCCCGGAACCUGCAGAGCCUGCGGGAGAGGGAGGCCCGGCUCUGGCUGGCGCAGGAGGAGGCGGAGCUGCUCACCUACACGCGGGAGGACGCCUACAGCAUGGAAUAUGUCUUCGAAGACGCCAGCGGACACGCAGAGGUCAUGCCCCUCUGGACCCCGCCCACACCCCCCCAGGACGACAGCGACAUCUACAUCGAUGCGGUCAUGUGUCUGACGUACGAGGCCAGCCCCAUCCCAGAGGCGAAGCUGCCCCCUGUGUAUGUGCGGAGGGAGCGCAAGAGGCACAAGACAGACCCCUCAGCUGCAGGCAGGAAGAAGAAACAGCGCCAUGGGGAGGCAGUGGUGCCCCCGCGGUCCCUGUUCGAUCGUGCAACUCCAGGCAUGCUGAAGAUUCGCAGGGAAGGGAAGGAGCAGAAGAAGAACAUUCUGCUGAAGCAGCAGACGCAGUUUGCCAAGCCUCUGCCGACGUUCGCCAAGCCGGCAGCCGAGUCUGGCCAGGAUAGCCCUGAGUGGCUCAUCAGUGAGGACUGGGCCCUGCUGCAGGCUGUGAAACAGUUGCUGGAGUUGCCGUUGAACCUCACAAUUGUGUCACCUGCUCACACACCUAACUGGGAUCUCGUCAGUGACGUCGUUAACUCCUGUAGCCGAAUCUACCGCUCUUCCAAACAGUGCCGGAACCGCUACGAGAACGUCAUCAUCCCAAGAGAGGAAGGAAAGAGUAAGAACAACCGUCCUCUUCGCACGAGCCAGAUCUACGCCCAGGACGAGAACGCCACACACACCCAGCUGUACACGAACCACUUCGACCUGAUGAAGAUGACUGCGGGCAAGAGGAGCCCCCCGAUCAAGCCCCUGCUUGGCAUGAAUCCCUUUCAGAAAAACCCCAAGCAUGCCUCUGUGCUGGCAGAAAGCGGCAUCAACUAUGACAAGCCACUGCCUCCUAUUCAGGUCGCCUCUCUCCGUGCAGAGCGAAUCGCAAAAGAGAAAAAGGCCUUGGCUGACCAGCAGAAGGCGCAGCAGCCCGCCGCGGCACAGCCCCCGCCCCAGCCGCAGCCGCAGCCCCCGCCCCCUCCACAGCAGCCGCCCCCGCCGCUGCCACCGCCACAGGCAGCGGGCAGCCAGCCGCCAGCAGGGCCGCCAGCCAUCCAGCCCCAGCCCCAGCCGCAGCCCCAGCCGCAGGCCCCGCCGCAGCCGGCACCGGCCCCAGCGAAGGGGCAGCCUGCGGUGACAACCGUGGGCAGCGCCGCAGUGCUGGCGGGAACCAUUAAAACAUCAGUCACGGGGACAAGCAUACCAACAGGCACUGUGAGUGGGAACGUGAUCGUGAACACCAUCGCGGGUGUCCCGGCCGCCACCUUCCAGUCCAUUAACAAGCGUCUGGCGUCUCCAGUGGCUCCUGGGUCCUUGACUACACCUGGAGCCUCUGCUCCUGCUCAGGUGGUUCACAGCCAGCCCCAGCCACGAGCAGUUGGCUCGCCAGCCACGGCAGCCACCGAACUGGUGUCUAUGGCAACAACACAGGGUGUUCGCGCAGUCACUUCUGUGACAGCCCCAGCUGUGGCCACCACCAGCCUGACCCCAGUGCAGACUCCGACACGGUCUUUGGUGCCCCAGGCGUCCCAAGCCACAGGAGUUCAGCUUCCGGGGAAAACCAUCACCCCUGCGCAUUUCCAGCUUCUCAGGCAGCAGCAGCAGCAGCAACAGCAGCAGCAGCAGCAGCAGCAGCAGCAGCAGCCCUCUCAGGUGCAGGUCCCACAGAUCCAGGGCCAGGCCCAGUCCCCCGCGCAGAUCAAAGCUGUGGGCAAGUUGACACCGGACCACCUCAUCAAAAUGCAGAAGCAGAAACUGCAGCUGCCCCCGCAGCCCCCGCCGCCACAGGCCCAGCCGGGGCCCCCACAGCCGCCGGCGCAGGUGCAAGUGCAGCCCCCGCAGCCCCCACAGCAGCAGAGCCCCCAGCUCACCACGGUCACGGCCCCGCGGCCUGGAGCCCUGCUCACAGGCACCACUGUGGCCAACCUCCAGGUGGCCCGGCUCACCCGGGUUCCCACUUCUCAGCUGCAGGCGCAAGGGCAGAUGCAAACCCAGGCGCCCCAGCCCGCACAGGUGGCCUUGGCGAAGCCGCCCGUCGUGUCCGUGCCGGCAGCUGUGGUUUCCUCGCCGGGGGUCACGACCCUGCCCAUGAACGUCGCGGGGAUCAGCGUGGCCAUCGGGCAGCCGCAGAAAGCAGCAGGGCAGACGGUGGUGGCCCAGCCGGUGCACGUGCAGCAGCUGCUGAAGCUGAAGCAGCAGGCCGUCCCGCCACAGAAGGCCAUCCAACCGCAGGUCGCCCAGGGCCCCGCAGCCGUGCCCCAGAAGAUAACGGCGCAGCAGAUCGCUGCUCAGGGCCCACAGCAGAAGGUCACCUACGCCACCCAGCCAGCCCUUAAGACCCAGUUUCUCACCACGCCCAUCUCCCAGGCCCAGAAACUGGCCGGGACGCAGCAAGUGCAGACCCAAAUCCAGGUCGCAAAGCUUCCUCAAGUUGUCCAGCAGCAGACGCCUGUGGCCGGCAUCCAGCAGGUCGCCUCUGCCUCCCAACAGGCUUCUCCACAGACUGUGACGCUCACGCAGGCUACGGCGGCGGGGCCGCAGGUGCAGGUGAUCCCCGCAGUGACUGCGACAGCCCAGGUGGUUCAGCAGAAACUCAUACAGCAGCAAGUGGUGACUACGGCGUCCACCCCGAUCCAGACCCCAGGUGUUCCAAACCCAGCCCAGGUGCCAGCCAGCUCUGACAGCCCGAGCCAGCAGCCUAAGUUACAGAUGAGGGUCCCCGCCGUCAGGCUAAAGACUCCCACCAAACCUCCGUGCCAGUAGCCAGCACAGCAGGGGCGGCCUCUCAGCCAAGGCAAAACCACCUUCCUCCCAGGAGCACUGCGUUUAUUUCUGAACCUUGGGACAAUGUCAUGUAAGAUAUUCAGCACUUGGAAAGCUACGGUUGAAACAAAGUAGUAUAAUCAUUUUAUUAAAAUGCUCCUACGCUGCAAGAAAAAUGAUCCUUACUGAAGGCCCCUUUUCUGUAUUAUGUGACUAAUUGAAAAAGGUACAGUAAAUUUUUGUCUAAAUCAUUACACCUUUUAGUUUUUCCUCCAGAGCAAUAGUACUGGGUUUUGAAUGCCAUUUAGAAUUUCCCUGUUAGUGUCUAGUAUUUUGCACAUUACAGAAGCCAUUUGCAAUGUGCAGUGAGCAUACAUAGGCUUUUAAAGCUAAAACAUGGUCUUGGAUAGCGUGUGCCAUAGUUCCGUUCUCUCUGCCCGACUGGAGGGCACACCGUGGUCUUCACAGAGGAGAAGCCUGUCCACAGCAAAUUGCCUGAGAUUGGUUUUCAUUCCAAAGAAAACCAGCGUGGUUUUUUCCUUCCCUCAUAAAAUGCGAUCUAACUCCUGAGGGAAACGUCCCAACACCCAUGUAAAUACAUGGGACCUGUCCCCAGCUAUGUUCAAGGGAAAUUUGUUGCUGAAUUUUCAUUCCAAAGAGUAGCCAGUGCGGCCUUCCCAGGCCCCACCCUCUGUGUGAUUCGCUUUGAACUGAAGGAAACGUUUGGACUGAGACCCAUCUCAGUGCAAUCAGGACGGGUCCCCAGCUUUUGGACAAAGCUUUUGUGGACUGAGUGUGUAAACAGCUCCAGGGAACCUUGAGAUGCUUCUGCCAUGGCCUGGUCUGAGCCACGAGGACCACACAAGGGUCAUGUUGUGGCAAAUGUCACAGCCGAGUGCUAGGUGAGGGUGGGAUGCUUGUCACCGACACCUCCUUGCUGCCAUGACUAGCCCAGGCUUGAUCAGGGGAGCUGAGAAACCUUUGUCUAAGGUGGCCCGUUUGUGAAUCCAGACGUGUUAACCACAGCAGUGGCCUGGUCAGCUCCACCGUGGACGUGUGACGUCAGAUGCUCUCUCAGACAGGUGAGCUCACUUGUGGUUCUGCCAGUCAAGUGAGAAACCACCCGAACUGUUUGUGGAAGGUAUGCUGUUGAGGGAAAAAGGGAAGCCCAGUAUUUUCUACUAUUCUUGUUUUUUUUUUUUUACUAUGGCAAGACAAUAAAUGCAGUUUUAGUGGGCUUGGUUGGCUGAUAAUGUCUCUGUACCUUCAAGUUUUCACCAAAGCAAAAAGGUACAUCCCAAGUAACACACUCUGUGCUGUGGCUCUAUUUGGUCCAGGAAAUUAGGCUACAUUAGGCUUUUGUAUACCAAGUGUCAGUUUGGGCAAUGUGGUAAAGAUUCUUAAUUUAAAUUAUAUCUACUUGGUUUCCUCCCAUUCUCACUUUAAGUGACAUUAAGGAGCGUGCUGUUCUGCAGGUCUAGUGGACAGUAAUGUGGCUGUACUUAGUGAAGUCAACUGGGAGCUCAUUUGUGAGCUCUUGAUAAGGAAUUUGGAAAAAAGCAAAAAGUGUUGAAGAAACAGGGGAUUUAACAUUUCAGUUUAUUGAACAUGCCAAAACAGCACUGCCAUCUGUGUUCGUUGUUUGGCCUGCUCUGUGAUGAGAGUGCGGCUCUCGGGAGGGCUGCUUGCACUUCGCGUGUGGUUCCCAGUGACAGUUCUUACUCCUGAAAUACGCAGGAAUCCUCUCCUUUGCCGCUUUAAUUUGUGCGUCCUUUUCACUUUUCCGUUGUCCUUUCCAAAGCAUCGGCUGUCUCCUUUCAGAUGGUGAUAAACUGUUGAGUGUAUUUAUUUUAGAAUGUCUUAGACAUGAUUGCCUAAAUAAAAGCCCUCUGUUGAUCUACAACGCUAGAAGAGAAUUUAGGAAGAUUUCUCAAAAGGUUUUUAAGAGAGCAGAACUGGGAUUCUCAGUAUUUGCAGUGUGGAAUUCCUGCCCCCAUCUUAUUACGUGACUGAAAACGUCUUUUGUCUCUGAAGUGUAUUUUCUUCAGCGGUUCCCAGUACAAAAUAUGGACAGAAGACAUUUUUACUUUCGUCACUCGGGGUGUAGUGACAUCUAGAUGUUAACCAUUGCCCUGCGUGGUACUCAGUAUAGUCAUUUAAGUAAAAAUGCUCCCUCCAUUCUAUUUUCUUGGCCUUUGUUUUCAAGGUUAAACUUUCUAACUUAAGAAUUAAGUAUGUGUUCAGGACGCGGUUGUCUAGGCCUUCUUGGAAAGCAGGGUUCAUACCGAUAGGACGUGGAAUGAGUCAGAAUUUUCAGAACGUACAAUAUAAAGGCAGCAGUCAAAACACUGUCAGAAUUCUAAUUGGCCACUGUGGAAACAGUAACUCGGUUAUUGUUUAAAUAAGAGACGUUAAUUCCAGUGAAGGCCAGACUGUUUUUAAAACACCCAGUGGGAAGCAGAAGGUUGGAUCCAAGCCCUUGUUCAGAUUUGGUGCCUGAUAAGGCGGGUUUUUUCUUUUUGCAGUCUUUAUUAUUAUUUUUGUCAACUAUUGUAACCAGAUAGCUGUUGUGUUUUAAAAUUUAAAGGAACAAGAUUGAAAUUGUAAAUACUUUGUAAGCAUAAGCAUUUGUACUUGAAUAGUAGGAUUUUAAAGGGCACUGAUACCCUACCAAACAAAAGGCAUAAUAAAAUGACCUUUUUAUAUAUUUU